GGUUAGUGAAUUUCAUGAGCUCCGCAAUUCCGAAGAGCGCCUGGGUCAACCUCUACAAACAAUUGCAGAAGGAGGCUGAGAAAAUCCCACAGUACAACUACAGAUCGUUCUUCCAACGCCGUAUCCGUGACCACUUUGUCGCAAAUCGCGCAGUUUGUGACGUCACCGAGCAGAAAAAGCUCUACGAAGAGGGUCAGAAGCAGCUGGAGUCGCUGAAACGUCAAGCGAUCUUCUGCAAGCUUUAUCCACACAAUAAGACCAUCGUGGAGCAGAAAAUCGGUCAUUAACUCCACUUUCAACCCAAAAAUCCACCAAAAACUCCAUUUUCAAGAUGAAGGAGUGCAAAAAAUGCAAGUCUAAUGAAUAUACCAACAAGCAGCUCGUCAUGAUGAUCAAUGAAUGUGGCCACCCGCUUUGCAAAAACUGUGUGGACAACAUUUUCGCAUUGAAUUCUGGCAACUGUCACGUCUGCAACCGGGUCCUUCGAAAAAAUAAUUUCCGAGAACAAAUCUACGAGGAUCCACUUAUCGAUAAGGAGACUUUUCUCCGAAGAAAACUCAGAAAAAUCUAUAAUCUGAAACAGGAUGAUUUUGAGAAUCUUCGAGA